ACAUAUUUACGAAGGUAUGAAGUGUGAUAAAUCGCUGUGUUUGUAACUAACUGUUCAUAAUUUUCAUUGCACAUUAACUGCUCUCUAUAUGAAAUUUUUCAUCUGCGGUGACAACAUUAGAUUAACCAAUUGUGUAACAAAAGAAAGACACCUAAUAGUUACAAUCACUUUGAAUUUAGUUCUGGAGAACAACAGCGACUAAAAAUUGCAUCCAUAAUAACGACAAUUUGUUACCUCGAAGCGAAUUAAUUUCUUUUGAAACAUUUAUUUAAACGAACAGACUUUAAUGUUCAUAGAUAUACCGAAAUCAUGGGUGUAAUAUUUGGACAAAGAUUGCAACAGCGACACAGCAUAAAUGCUUUCAUCACAAUUACAAUCAUCAUAAUACAACAGAUAUGUUUCACCACAUCCAUUGACGCGUUAGAUUCUACCUCCACUGAGUACAGUAUAGUCGGUCAAACAAGUAGCAUUAGUACAUCAUCAAGCGGAGCCCUCAGUUCGUUAGGACCAUCGGAUAAAAUAACAACCAAAAUUUACGGCACUAUUACACCUGCACCAAAAAUACAAAAACGGACGAGUACCAUUUCCGAUGGGAAAAAUAAGAAAGCGUUGGUUGACAGUAAAAAUCAUUCCAGAGAGGCUUUGUCCCAAGAAGAAAGUCAUCGAGAACCGGUUGUAUACCUAUCAGACACAUCAGGCUAUGUGCCGGUAACAUCAUUACGUGGCCGUCCCGGUGUAUCAAUACCGCCAUCAGGUCCAUAUCAUACUGCACCCGAUUUAGAGACGUGGAGACCGGAUCCGUGGGAUCGAGACUACAAUCAUCGACAUCGAUACAACACUACUCGAGUUCAACAUAUUGAAGCUGAAUGCCAAGACGACUAUAUGAAAAUUCGUGUUGGAUUUAAUGGUUCAUUUACUGGCUUAUUAUAUUCGGCAGGGUAUGCAUACGACCCAGACUGCAUGUACAUCAACGGUUCAGGUCGAGAUUAUUAUGAAUUUUUCAUUCAACUAAAUCGAUGUGGAACACUCGGAAAGAACGCAAUUCACGAGAAAUCGCGUGAAAAUCCAACGAAUUUCAUGUGGAACACAAUUACGGUCCAGUACAACCCAUUGAUCGAAGAGGAAUUCGAUGAACACUUUAAAGUCACUUGUGAAUAUGGUUAUGAUUUCUGGAAAACUGUUACAUUUCCAUUCUUAGACGUUGAAGUCGCUACAGGUAAUCCAGUUGUAUUCACACUUUCACCGCCCGAAUGCUACAUGGAAAUACGAAAUGGGUACGGUGUUGGCGGCAACCGAGUAACAGGACCAGUUCGGGUUGGAGAUCCAUUAACGUUAAUGAUUUAUAUGAGAAGUAAGUACGACGGAUUCGAUAUCGUGGUCAACGAUUGUUACGCUCACAAUGGAGCUACUAAACGGAUUCAAUUAAUAGACGAAUAUGGAUGUCCUGUCGACGAUAAGUUAAUCUCACGCUUCCGUGGUACAUGGUCAGACACUGGUGUUUAUGAGACUCAAGUUUACGCUUACAUGAAAACUUUCCGGUUCACUGGGUCGCCAGCCUUAUAUAUAGAAUGUGAUGUUCGGAUGUGUCAUGGUCGAUGCCCGAGUCAACCGUGCCAUUGGAGGAACCUGAAAACAGUGGCCAAACGUGAUGUGUCCAACCAAACACUAAUUUUGGAUUCGAAUUCCACAACGUCAGAAAAGAAGGAUGCUCCAUUGUCGGAUAACAUAAGUUUGUUCCAAUCGUUACGAGUACUACAGGAGGGCGAAGGAGAGGACACAAAUGACAUUCGAAAAAUCAAAGAACCGUACGAGUCUUGCAUGAAAACAUCGGUUUUGGCAACAUUAUCGGCUGGCAGCGGUAUUUUAUUGUCGAUUUUGACAAUAUCACUGUUCGUCACGUGUACGAAGCUGCGCGAUCGUAAAAAGGAAUCCGGCCUUUAUGAUGCGUACGUAAAUCAUAAAGGACAGAUUGACUGAUAUGAUUAUGAUGGAUGGCCAAAAUGGAGAACCAAACAGACACAAUAAAUAGAAAAUUAAUUUAAAUUAUUUUAGUUUACUCUUUUGAAGAAAAAGAACAAAAAAAAAGAAAUUCGUCACUUCCAUUUGUGAUUUAUACUUAGAAUUGAUCGAUAAUUUCAAUCUGACGCUCAUUUGAUUGGUACCGAUUUUUGUUGGAUUUAUUUUUGGAAGGAGAUCAUGAACAGUACAUGAUGGUCAGUACAUGAUAAAUCAAUACGCAAAUAGACAUUUCUGUUAUUCGUUCAGAUGAAAAGAGAUGCAGAAAAUGACUUUGACUAAUUUAAAGUUUAAAACCUAGAAAUAAGAAAGACUCAGACUUUCUCCUGUUUCAUUACAAAUCUUUAACCUUUCACAAACGUUAAGCGUAUCACCAACAUAAUUAUCAAAUCUAUUACUUUCUUUGUUCAAACCCUCUUUAUUAACAGAUUGACACGAAAUCUUUGUCUUCAUUAGCUUUUAAACAUACCUGUCACUAUUUUAGGCGACACUAUCGAAUAUACUUUCAUGUCGCCUAGGUUAAUAAAUAAUGAAUGACAGGCCAGUUUGUGAGGUUUUAUUUGGUAUAUCACAGCCACUUAACGAUAAUUUUACAUUAAGAAAUGAAGUUGUGAGCGCAUGAAUCGAAUAGAACUUGAGUAAAAGGACAGUUUAACGUUUGCAAAAUCCAAUAAAUUUGUUGCAGACAGAUUGAGCCGAUUGAAAUUAUCGUUAGCGUAGAGAUAUUAUUUCCUAAGAAUUUCAGUGAAAACAAUUCAAACCCUUUCGCAUUCCAUUUUUUACUCAAAUUUUUGUUUUUGAUUUAAGGUCUUAAGUUGGAAUAAGUUAGCAAGAAUUUUUAAGUUGUAAAUAAAUAUGAUAAAACGGGGGCUUAUAAACAUUUUUGGUAAUUUUGGGCAAAUUUUGGUGAUGGAAUUAGGAAUAAAAAAAUUAAUUUUUCUCAACUCGGUGACGAAAAGUCAAACUUUUGUUGCAAUUUUUGAGAAAAAUGUUGUAUGCAACGCUGUGAUAAAUGAUUUUUUCGGCACACGAUGUGUACUGUCACACUUAGGCCUAAGACCGAAAACUCGAGUGACAAUCUACACAUCAAAUGCCUAAAAAGGCAUUUAUCACUCGGUGGCAUAAAUAACUAUUCUUCUAUUGAUGUAAAUAGUCGCUUUAAAUUCGAUUCUAAUGAUUUUACGAUUAGAGAUUAAUUGACCUACAGUAAUAAUUGAUUUUAAGCUGAUUUAAGAUUUUGAUGUGAACUUAUCGUUUUACAAAUUUAGCGAAAUAAAGAAAAAUUGAGUAAGGA